AUGCUUUCUAAGAACGGAGAGUUUUCUAAGAUAGGAGACUUUAAAAAGGCAAAAAUAAGAUGCUAUGUUAAGGAGACGUACCCAAAAUUUUUGAUUUCUGAUGGUUCCUACUUUAUCUCAGGUUAUUUUACAAAAGAUUGGCUAAAAAAUUCGGAAAAAAACAAAAUAAGAAUCACUGACUUAAAUGAGGGACUGAUUCUUAUUAACAAGUGGAGUAUUGAAUUAGCAAAAGUUAAUUCAGCUGAAGACUUCACUAGUUACAGUGGCAUCGAAAUGAGAUUAAUUAUUCAUGACUUCAAAGUUAACAAAGAUGAAGACUUGAAAAUGUCAAAAUUCCCAACUAAUUUAUACAGAGAUGAUGAAGUGAAAUCCAGGGUCCUUGAAUUCAUUGCCGACUAGAGAAGCGAGAAAUUAGCAGAGAAAGUUUAGAAAGAUACUAUCAUAGACUCAUCAUUGCUCAAUUAAUCAAAGAAUACCAGAAGAAAUGUAGAUCUUAGAAAAUUAAAUAUCCUAUCUCUUGAAGACAAAUAAUUAACUUUAAAUGCUGAAGAUGAUACUUUUAAUGGUUUCUUUUUUGAUAGCCUUCCUAAAACUCAAAUACUUACUCAAUAAGAAUUAUUCAUUUUAGAGAAGGGACAAGAAGCCUUAAGAAAGGCAAAUAUCAAUCUGCAGAACUAAAGAGCAAGAGAGGAGCCAAUGUAGCAAAAAAAAUCAGCUGAUAAAACGAAAUUGAAAAUUGAACCUAGUUCUCCUCAAAAAGGGGAUAAUUCGAAUGUAAAAUUGAAGAAAUCACUUGCUGUAUCAAAACCAACAUAAGGGGGCGUUUCAAAACUUAAAAUUACUACAACUUACUUGAAAGACGAUCCUACUGAAGUAAGAAAAACAAGAUCCAAGAGUAAAAGCACCAAAACCACUACCACAACGAAGAGUAAGAUUGUAUAAUCUACUUCUAAAUCACCUGGUAAGUAGUCAGUAGUGUCCACAUCUAAAAGUCCAAAGAAAGUUGAACAAACCUCUAAAAGUCCAGGGAGAAAAAUUUAAAUUAAAAAGAGAGUACAGAAGGCCAAUACAAAAGCUAACUUAAAGGGUAAAAAAGUUAGUAAAACCGACAAUAAGCUCACAGUAGGAAAACUUAAGAAAUUUUUGGAAUUGCAAGAAUAGCAAAUGCCACAAGAGCAGCAAUUAAGAGUUCAACCCGCUAGAUCAGUAAAAUCUGGACCUCAGUCAGUUAAGGGAUCAGCUAAACCAUCAGCAAAACCUUCUGCUAAACCUACUCCUAAAAAGAGAAUUAUCUGA